UCCCGCGCGCAGCGUUUCAGAUUGGCCACCGCGCUCAUUCAGUCAAGAGAAUGCCUGCCUGCCUGCGGUGCAUGUGUAUGUGUGGAUCAGAUCUUGUGUAGAGACGUUUGAAUCUGUCGCGUCUACUGUUUUCUGAUUGGAACGAGAGGAAAAUGACCUGCUGGAUUGUAUGAUCCAUUUUCAUGAUCGAUUUCCCCAGAAUUCAGAAGCAUAUUUUUCUCUCUCUCCUCUCAGCCCCAGCCUGUCUACAUUUGUGUGGGGUGGUGGUUCAAAGUAUCUAUUCGAGGGGGAAGUCUAAAAUAAGUGUAGGUUAUUUUUGACCGUUUGUCUGGAGUGGAGGAAAAGUUUCCGUUGGAAAGGAUUAUGAAGAGAGAGCCACGCAGCUGAGACAGGCGACUGAAGACGAGUUUGACUGUCACACCCCUCUAGGAGGCCUCCAAACCUUCCUCCUCCCUGUCUCUCUACCCCCCUUCCUCCCCCUCUCCCGACAUGGAUCUAAAGGACCGUCGGGGGCAGCAGCAGCACCAUCAGCGCUCUCUGACCAGGGCUCGUUGUGGUAAAGACCCCCAAUACAUCACCUCUUCCCUGGACACGGAGGAGUGCCGCGUGACCACUCAGAAGUCCUACAGCUCCAGUGAGACGCUCAAGGCCUUCGACCACCACGACCAAAGGCUGGUCUACGGGGGCUGCACUGUAGCUGAUCUGGUGCACCACAAGGCAGAUGAGUACAACAGGCAAGGCGGUCACUUCCACACGCUGGCUGAACUUGGCGUUUGCGACCCAGCGCCUGUUCACCCUGCAGCCCCAACCUACUGUCCUGACCUGGGCCUGCUCCAGAGGGGCUACUCCCUCAGCGCGGGGUCAGACCCUGAUGCAGACUCUGACCCAGAGGGGCCCCUGUCCCCAGAGAGAGCCAUCCAGCUGUGGGGAGGAGGAACAGUAGGAGGACCAGGAGGAGGAGUGAAGAGCAGACAUAGCUCAGGACUGUCCAGCAGAGAAAACUCAGUGCUCACACUCACUGACUCAGACAAUGACUACAAGUCUGACCAUGAAUCAGCAUACCUGGAGGAUGAUGAGGAUGAAGAGCCAUACGGUGACCGUAUCAUCAGUAAGUCUCACUGUGCGAGCGUGUGUGUCUACAACAGUCUUCUCUCUCCAUGUGAACGUUUUCCUUCCUUCAGACAGAUAACGUGUUGCAGCUUGUUUGGGGUUUGUCCUUCAGUAAAGCGUAUUAGUCUGUGAGUGUGUCUGUGAGUGU